AUGAUCAUACUUAACAAUUGGGAUACCCAGUUCGGCUUUUGCUGUGACAUUGAUGAAGAAACUUCCCGGGAGCUCGCCUGCUUACCGGGGGUUUUAUCGGUUAGGCCUGACCCAGAUUAUAGUUCUGUUAAAAAUACAUUCGGUUCUUCAAGCAUUCAAUCAAGUAUUUUAUCAAGCUCACAAAUUGGAAGUACUGUGUUGUUUCCUAUGGGGAAUACCAAACACUGGCUUGUCCGAAUGGCCAUGCCAGGCGUCGGAGUUGUUACAAAGGCUCAAAUGGUCGAUUAUUAUGGUCAAACACUGACCAAGGUUUUGGGGAAUGAGAAGGAUGCACAAAUGUGUAUAUAUCAUGUUUCUUGGCAGUCAAACUUUGGAUUCUGUUGUGAACUUGACGAUGAAUGUGCACAGGAACUGGCUGGUGUACCUGGUGUUUUAUCUGUUCAGCCAGACAAGAAUUUUGAGUCAAAGAAUAAGGAUUAUGGAGGUAAUAAUCUACAGAAGUCUACAGAUCUGCCAGACUCUUCAGAAGCAACUCAAACCAUCCCUAUAAAAACAAAGAAACUGUUUAUUACUGGCUUGUCGUUUUAUACGUCGGAGAAGACUUUACGAGCAGCAUUUGAGGGCUUUGGUGAGCUUGUUGAAGUUAAAAUUAUAAUGGACAAAAUUUCUAAAAGAUCCAAAGGCUAUGCAUUUAUAGAGUACACUACAGAGGAGGCUGCUAGUGCAGCACUCAAAGAGAUGAAUGGCAAGAUCAUUAAUGGGUGGAUGAUAGUGGUUGAUGUUGCCAAAAGUAACCCACCAAGAUACAGCAGAGGCAGUCCCACAUAGGAAUUCUUGUGAGAGAGAGAGAGAGAAUAUGUAGCCACUGCCAUCAAAGUCAGGCAAGAAUUUCAUGCUAUUGCGCUCAAGGUGUUGGGCUAUUCUGCAAACCAGGCACUUCAAUUUUGUACAUUGAGUACCUGCAAGAGAUCUUGUUUGCCAAACAGCAGUUGCAUCAACAUUAUGAGAUAAAAAUGUAGUCUGCAUCAAUUAAUAAUGUGUUUUUUUUUUUAAUUGUAAAUUCAAGCAGGCUCAGACAGUUUAUGAAAACAAAAACGAUUAUCAUGUAAAGCGCAUCGAGGAGAAAAACCUAGGUUUGAGACAUUUGAAUUGCCUUACUCUUUCUAGGUUUGUUUCAUGUGUAACUUUUCUAGCGGUUCAUUUCUGAUCAUUUGAUCCUUGCUGGAAAGAAAGAUAUGCAUAUUGCCAUUAUGAGAGAAUUUGAAUGGAAAUGACAUCACUGUUACAUAGUGAUACUUUUUUUUUAA